GGGAGAGAGAGAUUGAUGGCUGGUAAGGAAGAGAACCGAAUAUUUGUCGGGGUGUCGUGGAACGUCACGGAGCGACAGCUACACCAUGCUUUCGGCCGCUUCGGCAAAGUUCUAGAAUGUCAGAUCAUGAUGGAAAGAGAUACAGGCCGACCACGUGGAUUUGGGUUCAUUACUUAUUCUGAUCGUCGGGGAAUGGAAGAUGCUAUCCGGGAGAUGCAUGGACAGGAGUUUGGUGAUCGGGUAAUCUCAGUGAACAAGGCCGAACCCAAAAUGGGAGAAGAUAUAGACCAUGGUUAUAGGGGAGGAGGCUACUCAUCUGGUGGCAGAGGAAGCUAUGGAGGAGGAGACAGGUCUGUUGGGCAAGAUGAGUGUUUCAAGUGUGGGCGCCCAGGGCAUUGGGCAAGGGACUGCCCUUUAGCAGGUGGUGAUCGAGGUCGGGGUGGUGGUUCAUUUUCUUCACGGUCUAGAUUUGGAGGGUCUGGUGGCCGUGGGGAUCGCUAUUUGGAUGAUCGAUAUGAUGGAGGUAGGGACCGGUUUGACAGCAGAGACAACAAAUAUGGGAGCCGUGAUCAUCGCUCUGCUGGUGACAGGUACCCUCCUGGUGGAGAUCGUUUUGCAAGUGAUAGGUAUGGUGGUUCAGAUCGUUAUGCUCAAAAUGGUUAUGGCAAAGACAGAGGCUACGAGAGGGAUGGUAACUCACGCGGGGCCAAUGACAAGUAUGGAAGUGGAGGAGGAUCAGCAAGGACCGAGGGAAGAAGUUACAGGAACAGACCAGGACCUUAUGAACGCCCCGAUAGGGCAGGGCGCCCAUCUUCCUUUGACCGAUACUAAAUGUUUCGCUGUUGCGUUAUUUCGGAGCUUUUGGGUGUAGACGCUUUGUUACGUUUUGGUUAGUUCUAAUGUCAGGAUGUUACAAUUGGAAUGAGCGGUAGGUUGGGUGAA